AUGGAUAAUGAUAUCGUCCCAAGUGACAACUCCGUCAACAAUAAUCCUUUCGCGUCAAGGUUAACAUUCGAAUUCACGAUUAAUAACGUCAAACAACUUAAUGACCCCGUUUACUCUCCACCGUUUGGCACUUCGUCGGAUGUCUUCUGGCAAUUGAAGUUCAUUCCGGUAAACGUUGAGCAUCCAGCGUAUUGUUCACUUUUCCUGGUGGCUCUCUUAAAUAAAGAGGAAAGCACGUCCACAAAUGUUGGCCGAAGGCAGCAUAUAUUGCCCGCCAUGAUUUAUCUAAAGGAUCCAACACCUGACUUGAUAGUGUUGGAUCAUAGAAACGGACUUGCAGUACCAUAUCUUAAAAAAUGCUUGGUAACGCAUGACAAGUUCACUUUCAAGAAACCACAGAGAGGCGCUGCUCAGCUCUUUCCACGUUCCAAACUUCCUAAUGACAUUAUAAUAGGUGUUGGAUUUCUAGCUGUUCAAUGGCAAAGUCAGAAGAUACCGGUGCCAUUCCCGGUCACAUCCACGUCCAAUGACUUAAUUUCUGCGUGGGAAGAACAACUAAAUAGACGCGAUAUUGUAGAUGUUCAAUUCAACAUUGAUGGCCAUCAAAUUUACGCAAGCAGUUCAUUGCUAUCAAAGCGCUCAAUGUAUUUCGCGCGACUUUUCCGACAGCAAUGGGCAGAAUCGAUGAUUCAAAGUCAGGGAUCUACUUGUAGCGAGCAGCAAUCGGUUCCAAGAAAGUUUACGCCUGACGCAUCGUGUACGCCGUCGACAACGCAAGAAACAGAAACAUACUCACCCAUCAGGUAUAACAUCGAGGUCACCGACUUUAAUCAUACAACUUUUUUGACAAUGUUGAGAUUCCUUUACACUGGUCGCGCAAGUCCCGUAAACCAAAGUGAAGUUGCACGUGAUAACGUGCUUGAGGUUUUUGCGAUCGCGGAUAAAUAUUUGAUCUCUGAAUUGAGGCAACGAGCAAUGGCCAAGAUAUAUCGAGAUCUUACACCCGAGACUGCGGGCGACAUAUUAUUCGGGUGGGCAUGGAAAUGGUCAGACUUAAAAGAAUUGGUUACCAAUUAUGUGAUAAAGAACUUCGGGAAGAUCAGAAGAACACAAGAAUGGAAGUGCAUUGGUAAACGAUAUCCGAAUUCGGCAGAGCUGAUGGAAGAAACUCUGAGUUUGAUGAUACCCGAUGUUUCAUCUGCCAGCUCUUCGGGUGCCGCCGGAAAAAUUUGA